CCAGAGGAAGUGACAGAAGCGCCUGGCUGCUCAUUCACCGUGGACACCCGAAGAUGCAGAGGCUGCUUCUGCUUCUGCUUCUGCUGUGUUGGCUCAGGGCCCCCGGAGUGGGAGCAGAGAGACCCCCAGCACCCAUCCGCCCACACUUUGUGGCCAAGACUUUCCACCACUUCCUCCGGUGGGAUGAGCCUGACCCCCUUGAUGCUGCCCAGCACCAGCGGCUCCUCUAUGAAGUCCAAUACCGAAGGUACGGCAACAGCAGCCACUGGAAGCCGGUGCCAAGGUGCGUGGGCAUCGCCCUUCCUUCCUGCGAUCUCUCCGCCGAGACCCAGCAACCCAGACAGCGCUACUAUGCCCGGGUGCGAGUCCUGGUGGGGUCCCAGGGUGCCUCCAAGUGGGUCCAGGCACCCCCUUUCCGGCCAGAGGAAGGUGUGUGCCACUGUGGGUCUUGCGCCAGGCUGUCAAUGGGUCCCGCCAACCCCAUAACGCAUACCAGGUAUCCCUCUGACUCUGUUUCCGCAGCAACCCUGUGGCUGUCCGGUGUGAGCCUCACCACCCACAACGGCCUCAUCCACGUCUCCAUCCAGCUUCCCAUCAGCCCCUGGGGAAACGUCACCUAUGAAGACCUCCAUCCAUGGGGCCGACAGUUCUAUGUCUAUGUCCGGAUGAUGUUCAACGGGGCUCAGGUGAACCUGGUCCAGGUGCAGAACAGCACGGAGUUCGACCUGCAGGGCCUGAGGCCAGGCAAGGAAUACUGUGUCAGCGUGGAGCCACGGCUCAACUCCUUCCCAACACCCGGCAUCCGGACGGAGGAGCAGUGUCUCUUCCUCUUGCCUCUGAAGGAAGGACACACCGGAACAGUCCUCCUGUUGAGCCUGCCCAUCCUUGGCACCUUGCUGGCCAGCCUGGGACUGGCGUGGGCCUACGUGAAGAAGCCCACCAAAGCCUGGCCAGAGGUGCUGAAAUCCAUGCCGAAGAGUGGCUCCCCGGAAGCACCAGUGGUCCUGCAGGUGAAGAAGGAACCCACUUGCCUUCUCUCUCUCCGGGGCCCAAAGGAGCAGAGCAUCGCUGGCCACGCUCGGCCUUGGGAUGCAGGGUCCGUGCCCCCUUUCGUGGUGCCAGAGAAGCCCUGCCGGUGGUUGGCACGGACAGCGGAGGGGGUUGUGGCCUUUGGGGGUAACCUCGUGGGCAGCAGCAGCAGCAUCGGGGGCAGCACCGACAGUGGCAUCUGCCUGCAGGACCCCUCGGGCAGCUUGGGCCAGCUCCUAUCCCAUGGGGCCGGCCAAUCGGAAGACCCCACAGGCUGCGUUUGGGAUGAAGCAGAUGUGCCAACAGAGGCAGCCCACGGAGGUGUCUCUGGCUACCAGAAGCAGGCAGUGGCCCCUGUUUGUUCUGGAAUGGAGGGGACCGGAUACCCUAAGGUCGCCAUGGCCAGCGGUUACCUGAAGCAGAACUCCCUCCAUUGCCCAGAGGCUGUGGGACCAGGACAAAGCAGCCUUCUGAGCUGGCAGGACCCUGGAAGUAUUGGCGUUCCCAGUGGCCCCCUGGGUAUUGGGCUCCUCUAACCCCCCUAUUGGCACACCUCAAAGUACUGACCCAUCCAUGGUGCUGCUGGUGCAGAGCCCAAGGCACGUCUGGGAAGAUCUUUUGUGCCCGACAAGAAGGAGGGGCAAUGUUUACAUAUGUAUGUAAGCCAGGUAUGAUCAAACUUUGGCCCUCCCUACGGGUGUUUUGGACUAAAACUCCCACCAUUCCUAACAGCCUCAGGCCCCUUCCUUUUCCCCUUCAGCUGCUUAAGCGUCUGAGGGGGGAAACAAAAGGAACAAGGCUGCUGAGGGGAAAAUUGAAAGGACUGAGACUGUUGAGGGGGGAAAGGAAAGGACUGAGGCUGCUGAGGGGGAAAAGGACUGAGGCUGCUUAGGGAGAAAUUGAAAGGACGGAGGCUGCUGAGGGGGAAAUUGAAAGGACUGAGGCUGUUGAGGGGGGAAAGGAAAGGACUGAGGCUGCUGAGGGGGAAAAGGACUGAGGCUGCUUAGGGAGAAAUUGAAAGGACGGAGGCUGCUGAGGGGGAAAUUGAAAGGACUGAGGCUGUUGAGGGGGGAAAGGACUGAGGCUGCUUAGGGAGAAAUUGAAAGGACAGAGGCUGCUGAGGAGGGAAAGAACUGAGGCUGAGGGGGGAAAGGAAAGGGCCUGAGGAAUUGUGGAAGUUAAAGUCCAAGACACCUAGAGGGAGGGCCGAAGUUUGCCCGUGCCUGGUUUACAACUCUUGCUGGGACAGCUGACCAUCCAGCAGCUCACUUUCCAAAUGUCUGAUGUAUUUUUUUUAGAUGUCCACAUUUUUUUAUUUAUUGUAUUUAUUUAUUUAUGUGCUUUUUGACUCGGAGCGUGAACUAUGUGUUGCUUUAAAAACCCUUGGAGUGUCUUUUCAUAAAAGACGGAUUUUCGAUA